AAUAAGGUGGGAAUGUGAAUCAAAUUUUUCCAAUUGGUGAGUCUUCUUAACUCUUUUAAGCCUUAAAUUUUCAACUUCAAGAUGGAUAAUUCUUUUUAUUAUUCAUCUUUCUCUUCACACCAAACUCAAAACAAUUACCACCACCACCCUCAAUCAACUCCAUCGGAGUCGGAAUCAUCCGGCUCCGUUGGAUCAUCAGAAUCGUUUCCUUGGGAUGAAUUUUGGUCUACUUACAAUUCUGUUACACUACCUCAACUCCCAUUUAAUAUAAACGACUCAGAUGAGAUCGUCUUAUUUAACAUGUUAUCAGAGCAGGGCCCGCAGCAGGGGAAUCGAGCUGAAACAAAUCCCGCUUCCCCUGCUUCAGCCAACUCCGCCACGUCAUCAUUCUCUCAAGGUGACGUGGGGCCCACGGAGGUGGAAAAGAAGUCCUAUAGAGGGGUGAGGAGGCGGCCGUGGGGGAAGUAUGCGGCGGAGAUUAGGGACUCGACACGAAACGGUGUUCGAGUUUGGCUAGGCACGUUUGACAAUGCGGAGGCGGCCGCCUUGGCUUAUGAUCAAGCGGCAUUCGCGAUGAGGGGGCCGAUGGCGGUGCUCAACUUUCCGGUAGAGAUAGUUAGGGAAUCAUUGAAGGAGAUGAAAAGAGAGAAUGGAGAAUUUGAUGAGGAUAACCAAGAUUGCUCUACUUCCCCUGUUAUUGCAUUGAAAAGAAAACACUUAAUGAACAGAAAAUCAAUGGGAAAUAAUAGUAGGAAAAGAGAAAGAAAAGUGAAGAAUCAAACUAAUACUAUUUCUUCUAAUCAUGGUUCUACAAAUAUGGUGGUUUUUGAAGAUUUAGGAGCUGAUUAUUUGGAACAAUUAUUAAGUUGUUCUUAAGUGAUAAAAGAACAAAAACAGUGAUACAAUUUUGGGUGCUCUGUUUCUUGUUCCCUAAAAACAGGGGAAAAAACAGGGGAGUUAUAAAAGUAUAAAUUAUUAUUAACUUAUGCCACUUAUUUCCUUAAUUAAUUAUGAGGUUUUUUGUGAAAAAAAAGGGUUUUUUUUUUUAUUAGUUUAUCCCCUUGGUUUCUUUUGUAAAUAUGGAGAAUGAAGGUUCAUGUUAUCAAUCUUAUCAUGUUGUAGUAGUUGUUUUACCCAUAGAACUAUUUGUAAUUGUUUUAAAGAAUCUAAAUUCUAUAUUACUCAUAGUUGGAAUUCUUCUUUU